GCUCUGCAACUUUUCCUACCAUUCAGUCACGGGAUGAUUUUUUAAUAGCUCUCUUUAUCUUUAAUCUCUAUCGUCAUCUAUCUACUUAAAUAUAGUUAAAUUAUUUAUCCAAACUUCCUUCCCACAUCCUAUUAUGUGUAGUUAGUUGUUACGCCAGUGUUGGUUUCGUUACCACUUUUAUACGGUCGUCUCCUGGCUGGAUUGCUCUCUAUUUUGAUAUUAAAGAAAACAACCUUGUUUUAUCGGACGUGUAGUUUCGUGGGUUAUCUUAAUUUGGGUUUGGAUGACUAACGAUUCUGGACCAGAUAAGACGAGAAAUAUCAAUCCACUUAUCAUAAUCCUCCUCCUAGAGUAUGACUGGCUGGCGAUGUGGCAUUCCAUAGCGUGUUUGUGAGGCUGGAUUGUGAUUUGUGGUGUCGAGUUUCGAGUCCAAACUUUCGACCGGCGAAUUAGGCGAAUGUCAAAUCAUUAAGUCAUCUACCGUCUCACCGUUCAAAUACCGUUGUGUCUCUGAUCCAGCUCUAAUAACCUGAAGUUACAAAUAAUGUCUUGCCAUUUUUGAAGCUACGUCGUCGUCGUCAAUUAGCCAACACCUUUUACUUCUAGUCAUCUUUACCACAUAUCCGAGCAUUGGACGUUCCCAUAUACUCAACCAGAUGUCUUUUUGAUCUAUCCAGUAUCGCAGUCAACGAAUUUCAGAAGUAGUGACCCUGCUGACCUCAUCAUAAAUCGUCCCCCAAAAAUAAGUUUAUCCCCCUAAACGACAAGAUGGCCUCCUCCACCCUCACAGCCUCUGAGAUGAAACUGAAGCGAAAGUCUCGCUGGUUUUUUGGUGGAAUUGCCUCAUCUGCCGCGGCCUGCAUUACCCAUCCACUCGACCUGAUCAAGGUGCACAUGCAAACUCAGCAAGAAGGAAAGUUGACGAUGGCUGGACAAUCGGUCAAGAUCGUGCGGACUCAGGGGUUCCUAGCCCUUUACAACGGUCUCUCCGCCUCCAUCCUUCGCCAAGCAACCUACUCCACCACACGAUUUGGCAUCUAUGAGGUGGGCAAGACGUAUCUGACCCCGCCUGGGGCUUCGGAUAUUUCUUUUCUCCAAAAAGUGGGUCUAGCUGGCUUUGCGGGCGCGUGUGGCGGCUUUGUCGGGACACCCGGUGACAUGAUUAACGUCCGUAUGCAGAACGAUAUCAAACUUCCUCCUGAUCAAAGGCGAAACUAUAAACACGCGAUCGAUGGGGUGUUCCGCAUUCUGCGAGAGGAGGGCCUACCGCGUCUCUUUUCCGGCGCCUCCACCGCCACGACACGUGCCAUUGUAGUGACGAUCGGGCAGCUCAGCUUUUACGACCAAGUGAAAGUCAUCCUUCUUGGUACGGGUGUCUUUGGCGACAAUGUUCUCACCCACUUCCUCUCCUCGCUAUCAGCCGGAGCAAUCGCCACUUUUAUGACUCAACCCUUAGACGUAAUCAAGACAAGACAGAUGAAUGCGAAACCUGGGGAGUUUAAGAGUUUGUUUCAUCUCAUCACCUACACGGCGCGUCUCGGACCAUCCGGUUUCUUCAAGGGGUUUGUCCCAGCUUUUGUUCGCUUAGGACCGCACACGAUCUUCCUCUUCCUCAUUCUCGAACAGUUGAGGGCGAACUUGGGCUAUCUCCCAGCUGAAGACUCAGUUCCGGAUAGGAAGAAUUAAAAAACUCUUCUACUACUCCUCAUUCUGCCUAAUUUUUGCUUAAUUAGUUAUUUAAUUAAUUAUGGACUUGAUCUAAUAAUGAGCAUUUCAUGACAUUUUAUUACUUGCUACUUGCCAGCUAAAAAGAUUAUUUUGGAAACAAGAAGAACGAAUUAUCUAUUUUGUAUCUUACGUUACGUUACUUGCCAAAUUAACUCUCUUGUUUCAUUAGCACGUCGUCGUGAGUGGAAAUGACCUGACGUAAUUUGGCGAUAUAAGGAUUAUGCAAUUGAGAUGAACUUGGAUAAGACAGUUGACAAUAUAGAUAAACGAGCUAGUGUCGAGAUAAUGUCGAUUUAGUGACUGGUAAAUAUGCUCUGAGUCUCAAAUUACUGAAGGACAGAGAAAGAAGAACGACCUAAAUAAUGGGAAUUUAAUACUAAAUGUGAUUCACAAAUAGUUUUAAGAGUCGAGUGGUCCAUUGUGUUGUAUCUUGUAUAGUCAUAUUAUCGAACAAAAUGUAAAACAUGUCCCGCAGAUUUUAUGCUGAUUUCUAAAUGUUCAAAGUGUUUUACUUAAAGUUGAUAUUUUUGUUCUGUUACGUCUUGUUUAAGAAACUUUAGAGGUCCAAUGUUAUCAAUCCACAGGAAAAUGGGAGGUGGAAAAGGGAUGUAGUUGUUACUAGAUGUUGAUAUUUUUAUGUGACGCUAAUCAUCAAUGUGAAUUCCAAAAACAUUCGUAAUAAUCAUGAAGUAAAUGUGUAGUCGUGUCGUCGUAUCGUUAGUCAAUCAUGUCAAUAUUUAAUUUAAAUGAACUACUACUACGUAUAUAUAUAUAGAUUACAUAUACGACCUGUCAAGUGUCAGUUUCAUUAUUGUUCCAAUUAAUAGUUGAGCGAGACUCAUCCUGUGAUGAUGGUGUGCUAGUAAAUUAAACAGUAAUUAUAGUGGACAUUCCUUAAUUAAACGUUCAUGGUGGUGCAUAGCUCUCUAUCAAUGAUUUAUGUCAUUUUGUAGUUGGGUGUGUUUAAAUUUUAAUUGGAAAAUUACAGUAGUUCUGCGAAAUAAAACAAACGAACUGAAGAAAAGA